UACGCCCACGCACCAGCCCCACCCAUUUGUUGUGCAAAGAAGAGGGGGCGUAGCUGGUAAACAUGGAACCUGCAACAAAUGUGGUCCAGCAGAGUAAUCCAAUCGGUAUAUACGGCUGGAGGAAAAGGUGUCUGUACUGCUUCAUAGGCUUACUAGCAAUAAUAAUAAUAAUAAACAUAUCACUGACAGUGUGGAUACUAGUGGUCCUCAGAUUCAAUAUAGAUGGUAUGGGUAGUGUCAGAGUAACUGAUACAGGACUUCAGGUUAAUGGAGAGACAGAAUUACUGGGGACACUGUACACUGACAUGAUCACAGGAAAUGAGGAUGGUCCAGUUCAUGUUCAAGGUGCAGCUGACGUGUCGUUAUCUGUUGGUGAUAACAGUGUCAAAGUUGAUUCGAAUCAUGUUAAGAUCACGUCAUCAAACUUUAGUGUACAAGAUACCAAAGGGUCUGAACUAUUAGCAGUUAUUUCAAAUAAUUCAAGCACCAAAACGACGACAAUCAAUUCGAAUACAAUAUCAGUGACAAGAGAAAUGUCCGUAGAGAACUUAAUACAGACUCCACAGAUAAUCUCACAUGAAGAUUUGGUUCUCGUAUCUGAACGGAAUGAGUUACGGGUGCAUGGGAAUGAGUCCUUGUUGCUGGAGGCUACCAAUAGAGCUAUUGAUAUACAGGCAGGAGGAAGGGGAGAGGGAGAAGGUGGUGGUAACAUUACACUAACAGCAAAUGAAGGAAUGAUUGAGCUCAUCAGUGAUAACUUGGUACUUAAGAACCUCCCGCUCUCAGUUCCAAUUAAUGGAGGAAGACAAUGGGAUGAGGUUUAUCACUUGUGUAUCUGUGGAAAUGGACGACUCUAUCGUGUGAUGGCCGUUGAAGGAAGCAGCUGCAGCAAUAGCAGUUCAACAAUUUGCCUUUGAAACAAUUUUUUUUAAAACAAGACAAACAAAAUAGACAAACAAAAGCAAAAAGAGUUUGUUUACAACUAUACACAAAUAAGAGACAUUUUAUGACUGUUACUUUGAUUUGAU